CCGCCAGUAAGUGGGUGACAAUUUUGUCAAAUUGUGACAAAUUUUCUAAUUAAAUUAUUAUAAUAAUCUAAUUCAAACAUGGAAGGUAAUCCUCAAGAAGGCAUAAUGGGGGACAUUUUAAAAUAUUUGGAGCAGCAACAAGUCAUUGGGGGGGAGGAUAUUUUCGAUCCAGAGUAUGGGUUAAAAAGGGCCAGAAGCGUCCUGAGUGAAAUUCUGCAGAAGAUAGAUAACAGGGCCAAACUUAUUGAUGCUUUCGAAGCAGCAAUGAGGGCCCACAAUCAAUAUCUUCUGUUCGAUUUUAGUAACAUUGUCCCCGAAUUUUUUAUUGACGAACAAUUGUACGAUCAGAUGACAUUUCGUGAAACGUUACUCGUGAGUACUUUCGCCAAUAUGUCUGAAUCCCCCGUUCCAACCCCCGUAGGGGGUAUAUGUAUCGACGUGCAAAAAGCCAAAGGCAGAGGGCCCUUAGUUCGGAGGGACCCCGCUUUCGAACAAGAACUCAUAGAAGCCUUAACGUGGAAACACGAAGUGGGGAACACCAAAGAUACUGGAAAUUGGACAGAAACUUGCAAAACUUGCGAGGAAAAUAAAUCAGCCUCUACAUAUAAGUCCCAUAGAAGUAAAAAGUGUCCCAAUUCGAAGAGUGACGAUCCCAGUCAAGAAUCGGUGAAAAUCGAACCGACACCGUCCCAACUCAGACUGCUGGAGUACGAAUUGGGAAUAGGGAAUAGCAUGCAAAGAACUCAGUGCAAAUUUCUUAUUCACCAGUCGUCCCAGUUUUAUGUAAACGAUAUGAAUGCAGGGUCCCUUCUCACUUCAUGGGUCGACAAAAAUUUUCACACUUUAGAAGAGAAACGUACCGAGUUUCUGGUCGAAAAGGACGGGACAGUAAAAGAAAAAAUGUUAUUCGUAGCUUUACAAAAGGGAAAAUACUACGUCAAAACCCACAGUACUGUAGACGAUUCUGUAGAGAAGAAAUUUUACAGUUUUCGUGUAACAAAGAACUUCGUUUCGGAGGGUGCAAACUACGUGCUGAUGAGAUACCUCGCAAUCACCCGGUAUAUAGGUGAAUUUGAACUGUCCUCCAUGUACAUUAAUGGAACCAUGUGUAGGAAUAUUUACAAAUGUACAGGGCCGGAAGUGGGAAUAGUAAAUGACAAAAAGAUUGACGUUUGUAAAAUAUACCGGACGUUGAUAGAAGAAUGUGGACUGACUCAUAACAGUAUCACUGUUAUAUCAUUAAAUGGCCAAAUUAUCAAACAGGAAUGGGAAGAAUGUGACUACAUCUUACAGGUAAACCCAUUCGCCCAAAUCAAAAGAAAGCAAAAGCCUGGCAAACUCGAAAGAAUUUAUUUGAAACACGUUUGGGAGAACGACAUGGAACUUUUUUCGCGAUAUCUCGACAGAAAGGAACAACGCCAUUUGAAGCUUAUCCAAUACCUGAAAGAUCACCAAGAGCUCAAAAAUAUACUGAGCGAUUACUUGAGUAGAAUUUUAAUCAUGAAACCAACCGAAGUUAUCGAUUUUACAGUUGAUUAUUUCAAGCAGUACGCUCCUGUUGUUAUCCCCAGGGAAGAAUACUUUGGAGAAUCCGAAGAAGAAAGCGUUAGAUAUGAGGAAUCGGUAGAAAGUACCAUUAGCAUGUUGCCGGAAGAGGAAGAGGAAAAAGACGCUCACGUGCAAGCCAUCCAGUAUCUGAUAAGCUUAUCAGACUCGUGUAUUUGCGAAGGUGUUUGCUUAUGCGAUGAAGAAACGCCAGAAUCCGCAGCUUCUUGCAUUUGUGAGGAGAUAUGCGAAUGUUUUGAGGAGGAAGAAGAAGAGAAAGUCGAGGAUAAUAAACAACCAGAAAUACAAGAAGAAGGAAUGGAUGAAGUACCUCCUGAAUCAAAGGAAGAAGAAGAACAACAACAACAGGAAGCACCUAAAGAGGAACAGGAAGCACCUAAAGAGGAACAGGAAGCACCUAAACAGGAACCAGAACCACAAACCGAAACAGAAACGGGUGAAAAUCCAUCUGAAAAUCAAUAAAUACUAAAAAUUACCAUUAUAGUGAAGAUUUCAACAUGUAUGAUACAAAUUUGAAGUGUUACUUACAUUAAAAAUGAAAACAUUUUCAAUUA